CACAUCACGUGAUUCGCUGUCUUCCAUCUGAUUGGCUGCUGCGGUCCCGGCUGUGUUUUCAAUCUGCAGAACAAGGAAGUGACCGCAGAGAGUGCUCAAACUUCAAAACUCCUUCAUUUUUUUCAAUCACAACUAAAAAAAACACUUGUUAGGACAAGUAAUUCACAGCUGGAGCUUCCAGGAGUUUCUCCUCCACCGUUGAACGCAGCCGGACGCACUUCCUUAUUGACUUAAAGCAGCCUCGCUCACGUGGUAAAUAAGAAAAUGGGGCUGGAUGGUAAAGUUAAACUCCAGGCGGUUUACUGGACCGUCACAGCGGCGUUCAUCGCUAACUUUCUCGCGGUUGUAGCCGCUAAGCCGCCGCCGCAUAUCGUGUUCAUCCUGGCCGAUGACUUCGGCUGGAACGACGUGGGCUACCACGGCUCCGAGAUCCGGACGCCACAUCUGGACAAGCUGUCGGCCAAGGGGGUCCGUCUGGAGAACUACUACGUCCAGCCUCUGUGCACUCCCUCCAGGAACCAGCUCAUGACCGGGAGGUACCAGAUCCACACGGGCAUGCAGCACCAGAUCAUCUGGCCCUGUCAGCCCUACUGCGUGCCCCUGGAUGAGAAGCUGCUGCCUCAGUUCAUGAAGGAGGCCGGCUACGCCACACACAUGGUGGGCAAGUGGCACCUGGGCAUGUACAAGAAGGAAUGUCUGCCCACACGCCGAGGCUUCGACUCCUACUUCGGUUACCUGACGGGAGGGGAGGAUUACUACACUCACAUCCGCUGUAAUGCCAUCGCCGCCCUGAACCAGACUCGCUGCGCGUUGGACCUGAGGGACGGGGAGGAGGUCGCCACCGCGUACAAGGGGGUUUACUCCACCGAGCUGUUCAGCCAAAGAGCCAUCACCGUCAUCGAGAAACACUCCAACUCCAGCGAGCCUCUCUUCCUGUACGUGGCGCUGCAGGCCGUCCACUCGCCCAUGCAGGUGCCGGAUCGCUACACGGAGCCCUACGGCUUCAUCAAGGACCACGACCGCAGGACGUACGCCGGCAUGGUGUCGGCCAUGGACGAGGCCGUGGGCAACAUCACCCUGGCCCUGCAGCAGAGAGGACUCUGGGACAACACGGUGCUCGUCUUCUCCACCGAUAACGGAGGCCAGACGCUGUGCGGCGGCAGCAACUGGCCCCUGAGGGGGAGGAAGUGGUCCCUGUGGGAGGGGGGCGUCCGGGGGGUCGGGUUCGUCUCCGGCCCGCUGCUGAGCCGACCCGGAACCGUCAGCCGCGAGCUCGUCCACAUCUCCGACUGGCUGCCCACGUUGGUCGGCCUGGCCGGGGGGAGGAGCAGCGCGGCCCCCACCACCUCCAACACCACCACCACCACCACCACCUCCAGGCCUCUGGACGGCUUCAACGUGUGGAACACCAUCAGCAAAGGGUACGCCUCGCCCAGAGUGGAGCUGCUGCACAACAUCGACCCUCUCUACUAUGACAUCGCUCCAUGUCCUGGCAGGGAUCCUCGGUUAACUUUGGCUCAGGCGGUCAGCGGCGGACCCUCCUGGGCCAACUCCACGUUCAAUGUGUCCAUUCACGCUGCCAUUCGAUCCUCAAACUGGAAGCUGCUGACUGGGUACCCAGGUUGUGACGUUUGGUUCCCUCGUCCCGGCUUCAACACCUCAGACUUGGACCCCUCCAGGACCGACCCGCUGAAGCCCGUGAUGCUGUUUGACGUAGAAAACGAUCCGGAGGAGAGGAACGAGGUGUCGGCUCAGUUCCCCACGGUGGUCGAGUAUCUCCUCACUCGACUCCAGCGCCUCCAGAAAGGCGCCCUGCCCAUAACCUUCCCCGACGACGACCCCAGAUGUGACCCGGGCCCCACCGGAGCCUGGGGGCCCUGGGCUUAGACGACAUCUCCGCUGUCAUCGACAGACGUUGGGAAGGUUGUUUUUUUUUUUACUGUGAAUUAUAAAAUCAGGGAGUUGUCUUCUGUGGAGAAAUAUGAAGUUUUACAAAUCUUUUAUUCUGUCGUGAUUCCAGUUUAACACAUAUCCCGUCACACAGUUUGGAUCAGGAAGAUUUGUACUAGGAGAUGUAAAAAAUGUGCAGGACGUGUUAUUCAUUCAUUCAUUCGUCGUUACUGAUCACAGCUCAGUUAAUAGCUUUUCGUUACACAUGCUGCUGAUUUGUAAGAACUACUGGUGCGUUUCAUUUGGACUCGGGAGUCGGAAUUUCCGAGUUCCGAGUUGGAAUUUCCAACUGGAACGUCCCCAAACUGGGAUUUUCUCCUCGGAAAGUCACAGAAUCCUCACUACCCUCGAUAUUCAGGUUCCAAGAUGGCCGCCCCCGUGUGUAAACAGUGAUUAGAAGAUCCUGUAAUAUUCUGUUUAUUGUCACUUGUGAUUAGUUUUUGUUGCAUUAAAUCAUUCGUACAGACAGGAUUUUUCCACGUACAUAUGUUGAAAUGCUGUUAUAGUGUAAUUUUAUGUGUUAUAUGGGAACUACAAGCCCAUGUCAUGCUAACAACGGCUAAAAACAACAGCCUGGUAAAACCAAAACAGAGUGAUUAAUAGUGUAUAUUUUUCUACAUUUAAACAAAACGUUUUAACAUUUUUAUAAAUUUCUGCCUCAUGUGGUGUUGUAGAUUAAUAAUUCUGGUUAAAAAAACUCAUGAGUUGGUUCAAGUUAUCUGUUCCACAAUUUGUGCAACUUAAAUAGCCUAAUUUUAGUUUAACAUUAUAGCAAUAAUAUCAAGGACAAGUCGAGAGCUUUCACUGCCAACUUGUUUUCCGACUUCUGUAACUGGAACGUCGAUAACUCAGGUGUGACGCCGUUCCCAGCUCCGAAUUCCACCCUCCGACUUUAAAUGUAAAUGGAACGCACCAUUAGCUUCCUCCCGAUUCAGGCAUUUGCACUUUGUUGAGGAGAAACAAGAGGCUGCAUAUAAGAGAGAGAGAGAGAGAUGAAAUAAUGUCAAAUGACUGAGUGCACUAAUGAACGUGGAAUAAAGUGAGUAAAUCCUCGUCUGACUGGAUUUUAGGGUCUUUGAGCUUCUUGUUUCGGUUUGUCAGCACUUUAUAUGUAAAGCUUUUCGUCCACCUCUUUGCAGUUUAGAACUAGCUGCCAGUAUGGGUUCGCUGGCUGUUUUUUUUUUUCUGUGUGCAAACAAAUCUAGUCUUUUUUUCAAUCAAAUUGCCAACGUCCAGCUCGUCUCAUUCUGCUGCACCUGUUUAUUCCUCAAUUUAAAAUUAAUAUAUUGUCCAAAGCUAGUUUAUAAAGAUGGAUGACAUCCCCCCUGAGGUGCCAUGAGGUAAAGCCAGAAUAUUACAGUUGCCCCCUAGUGGUGGGUUGCCAUGUUGGUCAAACCCAAUCCAAUCUGUUUGUUUUAAGGUUUAUGUAGCUCAGGAGCUAGCUAACCAAGAUGAGGUUCACACAUCUCAUGGUUGCAAAUGCCCGUUGUCUGCAAUAUUUUGGCUUCACCCUUUUUUUUUUUUUUUUCUCCAAUUGAGGAGGUUUUUACCUGUGUAUAAAAUCUAUGCUUUCUACUUUUGAUAUCUAUCUCUUCUGUGGAUAUUUAAAAAUGAAGUGCUUUAAAUGAAUCAUGCACAGUCACUGGUCAAAACUUUGCCACUUGAAUGUAUUUGAUAAAAAGAACAAUAAAGAAACUAAAAUA